AUGGAAAGGUGCAUAAAUCGGGAGCUUCUAGACUACCUCGAUCGCCUCGGCUCAAUUAGCGACAGGCAGUACGCUUACGUCACGCAACUGUGGAGUAAACUCAUCCAGUUUUGUAGUGAGGCACAUCAAAGAACUGUUACUGCGGAUUGGUAUACCACCAUUUGUUUGCCAAAAGUCAUCACCGAGCUUCGAAAAAUCAACCCCGAAAGAAAAAUCAUCCUCCACCAAGACAAUGAAAGCUCGCACACAGCCCAAAAAACAAGGCAGUAUUUAGCGGAAGAAAACGUGGAAUUAUUGGACUAUCAUCCAUAUGGUCCCGAUCUAAGUCCUAGCGAUUUCUUUACUUUCCCGGAAAUUAAAAACAGACUGCGUGGUCAAAGGUUCCAGUCACUAGAAGAAGCAGUUGACGCAUUCAAAAAUGUCGUUUUGGAUCUGCCGGCAAACGAGUGGAGUAAGUGCUUCGAAAAUUGGUUCGAGCGCAUGCAGAUGUGUAUUAAUCUUCUUCGAGAAUACUUCGAAAAACAAUAAAGUCAUUUAAAACUA